CCUCGAAGAUGGGCAUCCAAAAUCUCCUGCGAUUCAUGAAACCCUUCAUCGAGCCCGUCCACAUCGAGAAGUACUCUGGAAAGCGGAUUGGGAUCGAUGCGUAUUCAUGGCUUCAUAAAGGAGCUUAUUCUUGCAGCAUGGAGCUGUGUCUUGGAUCUCGGAGCGAAAGUGCGAAACGGUUUCUCAAGUAUUUCAUGCAUCACAUUGAUUUGCUUAGGCAUUAUAAGAUUACUCCGGUUGUUGUCUUUGAUGGCGGUAACAUGCCUUGCAAGGCCGCCACUGAGAAUGAACGCCAUAGGAGAAGAGAAAAUAAUCUUGAAUUGGCUAAGGAGAAGCUCAAACGAGGGGAUGUUAGAGGGGCAGUCGAAUUAUUUCAGAGAGCAGUUCGAAUUACUCCAUCAAUGGCACAUCAGCUGAUUCAGAUUUUGAGAAAAGAAAACGUUGAGUUUGUUGUUGCUCCGUAUGAAGCUGACGCUCAGUUAGCUUAUUUGUCUACUCUUGAUGCUGAUGAAGGUGGUGUUGAUGUUGUGAUAACAGAAGACAGUGAUCUUAUAGCUUAUGGUUGUCAAGCUGUAAUAUAUAAGAUGGACAGAUAUGGGAAUGGUGAAGAGCUUUUGCUUGACCGAGUCUUCAAUUCUGUUUCUAAUGAACUUUCCUUCAAGAAUUUUGAUAAAAAGUUGUUUACAGGCAUGUGUGUGCUAGCAGGCUGUGAUUUUCUUCCUUCUAUCAGUGGCAUUGGAAUAAAACGAGCUUACUCCUUGAUCUCAAAGUACAGAAACUUAGAUCGUGUUUUAUCAGCAUUGAAGCUUGACAAACACUAUCAAAUACCAGAAGAUUAUCCAGAGUUCUUUAGAAAAGCAGUUGCAGUCUUCCAUCAUGCUACCGUAUAUGAUGCAGAAACUAAAAAACUCAAACAUAUGAAACCUCUCCAGCAGAAGGAUAUGCACUCUCUAAUUGGAGACUUGGACUUUCUUGGACCAGAGCUCCCACCAUCAAUGGCUACUGCCAUUGCUGAAGGGCACUUGAAUCCUUUGACCAUGGAAGCUUUUGAUUGCUUAUAUAAGAGUCCUAGCCGCUCUGAUACACCUGCAGCAGAUAAUUGCAUCACCAUCUUUCCAGCCAAGCGAAUGAAAAAUGAAAAUAUUUCUUACAGAGAUGAAUCUCAGAUGUCAUUAACACAAGAGAGUUGCAUAACUAUCAUUUCAGACCAGCAAGUUGGCGAUGAGGAGAUUACAGUUACUAGGCAGGUAAAAGUAGACCAAAAGAAGUAUAUGAAAGAAGCUCUAUCACUUGGAAAACUAAUUGCACCAUUAGAAAGCCAACAAGAAGUAGAGAUACAUAUGGAGAGGAGGGAAAAACCAAAUAACAAUCCGUUCAAGAGAAGAAAAUUAGGCGACACCAAUCCAGUGAAAAAUGGUUUAUCUCAUCAAGUUCCUGUGCUCUUGGAUGCCGAAAAACCAGGCGAUUUUUUAUGCUCCUCAUCACCAGAAUCACAAGACACUGUGGAGUCUAAGCCUAACAGCAAAGCAAAGCAUCCAAAGACUAAAACCAAAACUGAUAACAAGAACUCCAUUCUCAGGUUCUUCCAGCCUUUGUAGUUAUAUAUUCUCAUUAUCAUGAAUCAAAACCAUUUUUUGCUAUUAUUAAUGCAAUGAUUUCAAUGGAGAUCAAGUUGUU